AUGCAGGCAGAUAAAUUAACAGGGCCACGCUGGUCAAGGUUUAUCGUACGCUUUCUACCGCCGAUUUUUACCGAUGCUUUGAGAGAUUCACCACAAACAGCUUUGUCAAUGUUUGAUUCAGUUCAUGAAAAUCCAGAACUAAUUUGGAAUGACCACAUUCGUUCGAAUGUGAAAAAUGUUGUUGCAUGUCAAUUAAAAGAGCUUCAUUUAUUGCAAAUGAAAAAUCCAAAUACCAAAUGGAAAACUGAUAUAAAUGAAGAGUGUGCAUAUUCUAACGUACUGAACAAUGAAUUGGUUGUGGCUGGAGUGUUUUUGCGGCUUUUUAUCGCAAAUCCGUCGUGGCAAGUACGUCAUCCUAAGCAGUUCACUACUGAAUUGAUUGAGAAGGUUCUGGAAUGUAUGGAACGACCAACCCCUCAACUGGAUACCGUCACUGCUGCCUUUGUUGCUUUGCUCUCCAAUCAUCCAACUGUCGCUAGUCACCUACCUGCUCAAGGUUACUUACCCCAUUUUUGUGCAUUAAUGUCCUCAUCCAGUGGUCAUGCUUCUCGUUCAGCUAUUUUGAUUCUUUCUCAUCUUGCUGAAAAUACAUAUUGUGCUGAUUCACUCACUAAAUUGAAUUGCAUAGAAGGCAUCAUGAAAUCGAUGAAACAACAACCAUUCUUGAUUAGGGAUUCAGCUCAUGCCCUGAAGUGUUUGCUAAAACGGAACUGCAGUGAUCUUGCUGCUCAAAUGCUUUCAACUGGUAUGGUGGAUUAUUUGUUAGAAUUGCUGGGUGGUAAAAUGGAAGGUGUCACCAAUGUUGCAGCAGCAAGCGCAGAAAUAGUGGAUGCUUUAAAAAAUGUUUCUUUAGAUUUGCAGUAUGGUGCCAAAAUAUCUGAAAUGUUAAGCAAAUCAUCAACAUGGACACAAUACAAGGAUCAACGACAUGACUUGUUCAUUGCUGCAAAUAAUGUUCACGCCAUUACAGGUACACCAACAGGUAUUGCUGGGUACUUAACUGAACGGAUGUUCACACCACCGUCUGUAAAUUAUACACCUCCUCCUAUUACUUCAAGAAAAGCAGAAUAA